AAUCGCUUUCCCCCCCGCCUCGCUUAUCGCCUCUAUCUCGCCCGCUCUGCUGCUCGCUGCGACCGGCUGAAUGCCUCUGCCGCGCCUUGGCCCGAUCCGUUUCUAUCGUCUGCCCGUCGCUUCUGCCAUCCGCCUGGCGGUACAACGAUCCAUGUCCUCGCGAUCCUAUGCCGAUGCUGUCAACAGGCUUAACAACCUGCAGAGCAAUGCCGCCACACUCGAAGCCAUCCGCAAGGCCGGCAACUCGCUCAAUCUCAGAAACAUCCCGGAAAUGACCGAGUUUCUGGAACGGAUCGGCCACAAGGUCCCGGAACUCAACAAACUGAAUGUCAUCCACAUUGCCGGCACGAAGGGAAAGGGCUCCACCUCGGCCUUCUGCGAGUCCAUCAUGAGAGGAGUGGCUGUUGUCGAGGAUGGCAGCGAGAAGCCUCUCAAGACAGGUCUCUAUACCUCACCCCACCUGCUUGCCGUUCGCGAGCGCAUCCGAAUCAACGGCGUUCCCAUAUCAGAGGCGCAGUUCACCAAGUACUUUUUCCAAGUCUGGGAUGCCCUUGAAGCAACCAAGGAACAGAUCACGCCGGGCUACCCGCAAGUCCCUGUGUACUUCCGCUGCCUGACUCUUUUGGCAUUCCAUGUCUUCCUCUCCGAGGGCGUCGAUGUGUGUGUAUUGGAGGUGGGAAUCGGCGGCAAGUACGACGCUACCAACCUGAUCGAGAGGCCUGUCGUCUGCGGCAUCACCUCCCUGGGCAUGGAUCACGUCCCGCUCCUCGGAACGACUAUCGGCGAGAUUGCCUGGAACAAGGCCGGCAUCAUCAAGCCUGGGGUACCCGUCUACUCGGUCAAUCAGCCCAAAGAAGCGCUGGAGACCAUCGAGUCGGUCAGCAAGGAAAACAACGGCGGCAAUCUCGACCCGAAGCUGUGCUCCAUUCUCCCGCUGUCCAGCAUCGAUCGCUUCUCGAAGAUCAAGCUUGGACUGGCCGGCGAGCACCAAAAGAUCAACGCCUCGCUGGCUGUGGCACUCUGCCGACGAUGGAUCCAGGAAAUGCAGGCUUCUGGCCGCAUGCAGUUCCCGCUGCCAUACCAGCGAGUGAACGAAGACGACAGCGUCUUUGACGCAGGGCUAGAGCUAGCUCGCUGGCCUGGACGUGCUCAGACAUUUGUGUCGGCCAAGGCUCCGGGCGUGCAGUGGUACCUCGACGGAGCGCACACCAACGAGAGUCUGAGUGUAUGCGCCGACUGGUUCAAGCAGAUCGCUGGCAGCAAUGUCCAGGGUAGCAACCCCCACAAGAACAUCCUGAUCUUCAACUGCACCAACGGACGCGAGGGCCUGAACUUGCUCAAGCCGCUCGCCGAGCUCGUCACCAGCGGCCGGAUCCAGUUCUCUCGGGUCAUCUUCUCCACCAAUGAUGCCUUCAAGCCCGGCUCGAACAGACUGAAUGUCGACCAGAUCAACAACACCGUGGUUCGAGACGCCGCCCUUGGCGCUCAGAAGAAACUCAUCCAGGACUACAAGACUUUGGUGGGCAGCGAUCUCGCAGACGAGAGCAGUCUGACCGUGUCUGCGUCAUUCGAGGAGGCAGUCGACCAGGUCCUCGAGUUCCAGCGCACAGCCGCUGCAGCCGACGACAGCAUCCGGGUUCUGGUUACCGGAAGUCUGCACCUGAUUGGCGCUUGUCUGUCGGCGCUGGAGGCCGAGGUGCAGUAGCAGCAGAGGGAGCGAUGUCGUCUUUCUUCCGCACGAGCGAUACUUGCUCCAAUAUAGUGUUGGGUGAAACGAAAAGGUUCGCCCCAAGCUGUCUGCACGCGAUGGAUAGCUAGCCCCCGCACAUCUGCAAAAAGCCCACUCGCCGCUGCUCCCUCCAACCGCUGAGGCAUCGAAUCCCUUCCACCGCGUAGCCCCGUUUGCAUCAACUCAUGCUGCCUGUCGUCUCAUCUGUACAUCAUACGCCGACAACUCGCCCCGCCGCUCACUUUGCUUCGUGUAUCGCUCUGCAGCGAGUGCAUCCCU